GGUCCAUUUGGUCCAUUAUAAAUGUAAUUAAUAAAGAAGCAUGCAUAAAUAUCCAUUAUAGAAUUAUGCGCAAUUCAAUAGAUAUAAUAAAAUUACCUAGUUAAAUUAGUACUAUAAAUACAGCUAAUACCUUUUAAUAAACACUAAACUUAAUCGAUAAAUACAAUUAAUAUGACUAAUUUGUAUUUGAGUUAAAUAAUUUGCUAAAAUGUUUACCAACAUGCUUACCUAUUUAUUUGGCCUGGUUAUGGUGGCCUUCCGUACUCAACAUGUAGUUCCCGAUCUUAUUGACACUGUGCCCCCUAAUCUACUCCAGGUUAAAUACCCUAACGGGACAGUAAUGUUAGGCAACGAGUUAACCCCUACCCAAGUGCAGAAUCAGCCUACUGUCCACUGGCCCACAGAGGUGGGUGCCCUGUACACCCUGGCCAUGUUGGACAUAGAUGUGCCCAAUCAUACUGAUCGCUCAGACGGCAACUUUAAGCACUGGCUGUCUGUGAACGUACCGCACAGUAACGUCCAGUUUGGCUAUACUUUGGCUAACUAUAUGUCUAUACAUCCACCGAAAGGCGUCGGUUUGAAACGCUAUGUAUUCCUGGCCUACAAA